AUGCAGAACAAGAUUGCUACACUUUGGCAACCAGGGAGAGGUCUGUAUGUGAAAGAACUUGACUCAAACCUUUUUCUAUUUCAAUUUUACCAUGAAGUUGAUAUAGAACGGGUUAUUGAGGGGAGUCCUUGGACGUUUGAUCGAGCACCUUUAAUCUUUGAACGAGUGAAGAGUGGUGAGAAUCCUAGGAGUAUACCGCUGCUGUUCGAAGUUCCCAGAGAACAGAUUGUUCAAGAGUAUAAUCUUGAUCUGAAAGCGGCACCAAGAAGAAGGAAUUAUGCUGAUGGUUCACGAUGGCUAAAAUCUGGGCUAGCAGUCAAAAGUAAUACAGAGAAGCCGCCAGAAGCAAGCAGCUUCAAUGGUGGUGGCCGAAGUCAUCAAAUCCCACCAUUCAGGGAGAAUCAAAGGGGGAGAAUUACCAUGAAUCAAGUAGCUUCAUUAAUUCACCAAGAUUUACGCUCGAGGAAUGACUCACCAAGCAUUAAGAUAGUUGACCAUAGUAAUGAAGCACAAAUCACUAUGGAAAAAUCCCUAAGUUUAAGGAAAGAUAAUACUACUGGGAUGAUGGCGCCAACUCAAUCGGAUUUGAAUUCAGGGCUGGUCUUUAUUGACAACAAAAGGAGAAGAAUGGGCCAUACAAAUGAAGUUGGGCUUAAUGAAACACAAGAAAUUGAAGUGGGCCGUGGGGGAACAAAUAAUGAUCAAGAUGUCAAUAAUAUGGAUAUUUCUCAACCAGAAACCAAUGUAGACACAGUCCAAAAUGAUGCUUCAAAAAACUUUCUCGAGGCGGGUGCUGGUGUGUUUGUGGUAGAUGCUAUUGGAGCUUCGGGUGGUAUUGCCUUACUUUGGAAAAAUCAAGAUGAUGGUACUUUGUUGGGUUAUUCAAACAAUCACAUUGACUUACAAAUAUCCAUCUCUCCUUCCACUCCGAGUUGGCGUCUCACUGGUUUUUACGGCGAGCCAAACCGCAAUAGGAGAAGUGAUUCUUGGGCUCUUCUUCAAAGUUUAAGAGAUCGCUCCUCUCUUCCGUUGUGUGUUAUAGGGGAUAUUAACAAUAUUAUUUGUCAAGAGGAUAAAAGAGGUGGGCGGCCCUACCCUCAGUGGCUUUUAACGGGAUUCCAGCAGACGUUAUUGCAUUGUGGGUUAGAGGAUUUGGAGCUACAAGGCCAUCACCAUAGAUUUCGAUUUGAAAAUUCUUGGCUAAAGGAGCCCCUUUGUUUGGAAAUUGUUCGAGAUGCUUGGUCCGAGGAACAAAAUGGUAACAUUUCUAAUAAAAUUAAGCUUUGUGUCGAAAGGUUAUUAAGUUGGGGAAAGGAAUUAACUGGUAAUCUUAAUCAACGUAUCAAGGCUUAUAAGAAUGAUUUGCAAAAACUCCAUGGUUUAAGGGAUAUCAAUUCGGUUCAGAGAUAUGAUGAGAUUAAAAAGAAACUGUAUGAAGCCCUUGAUCGAAGGGAGAGUUAUUGGAAACAACGGGCCAAACAAUUCUGGUUGAGAGAGGGUGAUCAAAACAGUAGCUAUUUCCAUAAGGCGGCGAGUAGGAGAAAGAAGAAUAAUCAAAUUACUCAGCUUAGAGAUAAUAAUGGCAACUGGGUUUCAUGGGAUUCGGGUUUAACAACGGUUGUGGCUGAUUAUUUCAAUGAGUUAUUUACUGCUUCGGGAAGUGUUUGUACUGAAGUUGUAGAUUGUGUGCCGAGUUCUGUGCCGAAUUUUGUGAAUAUGGAGCUUUGUCAACCAAUUGAGGAUGAAGAGGUUCGAAAAGCAGUCUUUCAGAUGCACCCUGACAAAAGCCCGGGACCUGACGGGAUGACACCUGCUUUUUUUCAAAAGUGUUGGCCGAUAGUGGGUAAUGAAGUUGUGAAAAAUGUUCUCUGUUUUUUUGAAGAGGGAAUCUUGGCUGAUAGUUGUGGUGAUGCGAAUGUUGUCCUUAUUCCAAAAACGAGAAAUCCAGAACGUAUGUCUGAUCUUCGUCCUAUUGCCUUAUGUAAUGUCUUGUUCAAGAUCAUAACAAAAGUCAUGGUUAACAGAAUGAAGCCAUUCAUGGAUUCCAUUAUAUCUGAAAAUCAAAGUGCUUUUAUCCCAGGUAGAUUGAUCUCUGACAACAUACUUGUUUCUUUUGAAAUAUUACACUAUCUUAAAAGGAAGCGCAAAGGAAAAGAAGGUUUUAUGGCGUUAAAACUGGACAUGAGUAAAGCAUAUGACCGCAUUGAAUGGGACUUUCUUGAGGCAAUGCUUCGGAAACUAGGCUAUGUUGAGAGAUGGGUUCAGCUGGUUAUGAUGUGUGUGAAAUCGGCCAAAUACUGUGUUAUGCAUAACAACAAUGAAGUUGGUCCAAUCAUUCCCACAAGAGGUUUCACAGCUUUACUGCGAAAAUAUGAACAAAGAGGGUGGCUUCAUGGAUGUAAAGUGGCCAAUGGUGCUCCGAGGGUGUCACAUAUGCUCUUUGCGGAUGAUAGCUAUCUAUACUGCAAGGCCACUGAAAUGGAGGCUCGUCGGAUCCAAGAAGUGCUAUCCAAGUUCGAACUUGCCUCGGGUCAAAAGGUUAACUUCUCUAAGUCCUCUAUUUUCUAUAGUGCUAACACUUUGGAUACUAUGAAAGUUAGAGUAAAUGCAUUGUUGGGGAUGACCACGGCCAUUGAAGGGAGCUUAUACUUGGGAUUGCCUAGUUCUAUGGGGAGAAAUAAGUCGGCUGCUUUGGGUUUUUUGAAAAACAAGGUAAAGAAUAGACUCUCGGGUUAUGGUACAAAGUUUCUCUCAAGGGCUGGUAAGGAGAUUUUAAUUAAAACGGUUGCACAAGCACUCCCAAGCUAUGCCAUGAGUGUUUUCUUGAUCCCGCAAGAGGUUACAAGAGAUAUUGAGGGAUUGAUGUCCAAGUUUUGGUGGCAAUCGUCGAAUAACUCUCCUAAAGGAAUACAUUGGAUGUCUUGGAAAAAACUUUGUAAACACAAAUCUAAAGGUGGAAUGGGCUUUCGGAACUUGAGAAGCUUUAAUUUGGCACUUUUGGGUAAGCAAGGUUGGAGAUUAAUUACAAAACCGGAGACGCUUGUUUCGAGAAUUUUUAAAGCAAGGUAUUACCCUCGUUUCUUCACUGCUGAUAUUGGUAAUAAUCCUAGCUAUGUUUGGCAUAGUGUUCUUGAAGCUCGUCAAUUUCUGUCUCAUGGUGUUUGCUGGUCUAUUGGAAAUGGCAAUUCUAUUUCAAUUUUGGGGGAGCCUUGGUUACCUGACACUCAAAAUCCAUUCAUCACAUCUUCACAUCCUACUCUUAUAGGUGCUAAAGUGUGCAAUUUAUUUUCCACUGAUGGUGUAGGCUGGGAUGAAGAGAUUGUUGCUGAUCUAUUUGUUCAGAGGGAUCAAGAUCUGUUACUCGACAUCCCCUUGCUGCGAGGCCAGGAUCGAGACAACAUAACAUGGAAAGGUGAAAUUUCUGGACUUUAUACAGUAAGGAGUGCAUAUAAAAUUGUCCAAGAAAUUAAUGGGGAAGAAGAUCAAGGUUCCGCUGCUGUUGAACAAUUCUGGAAGAAAUUCUGGGCUUUAAAAUUACCUCUGAAAAUGAAAAACUUGGCUUGGAGAGCUUGUCAAGGCUGUCUUCCAACCAUGAUUCAGUUGAGAACUAAGCGUGUGGAGGUGUCUUCUGUCUGCCCUGACAGCCAGGAAGAAUCGAUUUUCCAUGCUCUUGUUGGCUGUCCAGCUGCUGCACUUUGUUGGAACAGAGUGGGAAUCGGCACAGCAGCACCACAACAGAAUAAUUUUUUCGACUGGUGUGCUUUGAAGUUUCUGGUGUGUGAUGCAGAUCAGAAAAAACUCAUGGUUGCUCUUUGUUGGUCAAUUUGGAACGCACGGAAUGACAAGGUUUGGAACAACAAAACAUCAAGUGUGAAGAGUAUAGUAUUUUCGGCUCAAUCUUACCUUAAUCAAUGGCUAACUGCUCACAGUUCUAAUGUUAUUUUCCCGAGUCCUGGUCUUAUUCUAGGUGACGGAGCUGAGCAGUGGCAGCCACCACAUGAAGAUAGUAUUAAGGUUAAUGUCGAUGCUGCUUUAUUUUCCAACACAACUCAAUUUGGAAUUGGCUUUGUGAUUCGUAAUGCUCAAGGAGUUCUCAUUGAAGGAGUAACCAAGCUUUUUAAUGGCUCGGCCACACCAGAAUUAGUGGAAGCAAUGAGUGUAAAGGAAGCUUUGAGUUGGAUUAAAAGAAAUCAACUUUGCCAAGCUAUUCUUGAGACCGACUGCUUAGUCUUUAUACAAGCCUUGCGUAGUUCAAUUGAAAUGAUUUCCAUGUUUGGUCAAGUGGUUAAAGAUUGUAAGGUUUUAUUAAAAGAACUUAAAAGUGUUUCUAUCUUUUUUAUUAGGCGAUCAGCUAAUAAGGUGGCUCAUAGCUUUGCUAGAGCUUCGUUAUUCUAUCCUGAUUGCAAUUUCAAUAUGGGGUCUGUCCCAAUUGAUUUGCUGCCUUUUUUGGUAGCUGAAGUUAUUGAUUGA